AUGCUUCCUUCGGUGCCGCCUGGGCUGGAACUGACAACCGCCCCGACCUCUGCUCCAUCGGAUGGUUUGCAAGUGGGAGCAGGAUCCAGUCUCACGGCGAAGGACAGCGCUGAACUUUCCGAGCUUCUACGUCGACACGAGACAUUCGAGAACCUCGAGAAUCGCUGUCUGCGGGAUAUAUGCCGCUCGACGCAGCUGCUGUCCGUUGACCAAGGCGAUUACAUCUGCCGAGCUGGUCAGGAGUCAACUGCCUUCAUCCAGAUCCUCGAAGGCACUGCUGCAGUGGUAUCGCCGAAGGGUGUGCGGCAGCUACUGCAGGGCAGCGCGAUCGGAGAAGAUGUGCUGCUGGGCUCGCAGGAGUUCUGGCCCUUCAGUCUUCGUGCCGAGAGUGACGUGAGAAUCGCGUGGCUGGAGGCUUCAGUCUUCAAAGAGGUCUCCAUGGACCUCUCAGGCCAUGCCGCAGCUCGGCGCCGAGUUCUCGAGGCCGCUUCCGACAGGAGCCUCAGCAGCCAGGAUGUGGACCUUCUACUGGCGGUCAUGAAGGUUCCCUUGUUUCAGUCCUUGGAGCAUGACCAGCGCGUGGAGGUGGCCAAGGAGGUCGAGCUGCAUCGAAUAUGCCAAGGAGGAGUUGUUGAGUUGCCAAAGAGCGACUCGAUUCCCUUUUUCGUUGUACUCAAGGGCAUCGUGGGGCGAUAUGAAGCAGAAGUGACUGCUUCACCCGAAUCUGUCGCAGAGGAGAUAUCUGUGGAAGCAGCUUCUGGACUGGAGGAAAAGCUCCGUGCCGAGGAGGAGCGAGAAGAGUCUUGGCGGCGGCUGGAACAGGGCACAGCCGAGUUGGCCGAGCUCCGCGAGAGGAUACGCAUGCGGCCGCUGGAUGUCAGCUUGCAGGAGCGCCUUCGUUUUCACUCGCUGAAGAUCCAGCUCGAUCAGCUCAGGGCAGAGCUUACGGAAGAGGAACUGGUCCCAGAAGACAUGGAACCACCACAACAACACGAGAGCCACUCCAGUAGUGGGACCUCUGCUGCUUCAGACAUGCAACAGGCCCCGGAUGAGCCAACAACGGGUCACAUUGGUGUGUUCCUCACGAUGCUCAAUCCAGGUGAUGCAGAUGCUACGAGCAUCAAUGGUGAGAUCGUUGAUAAUGCAAAGGAGGAGCACCAUGACAAAGUUCUGGCGGAGUUCUACGAGGGGGACUUCUUUGGUGGUUGGGUCACGAAUGUUGGGCCAUCACUGUAUCGCGCACACAAGGACGUCGUGCUUCUCAGCAUUUCAGAGGAAGCCUGGGAGGCAGCCCUUGAGCGCUGCGCCGCGACACGCCAUGCUGCGCGAGGUGAGCUGUUGCGCGACUGCUUGAGUGGUAUCGACGACGAGACUGUCGAGAAGUUGCUACCACACUUCAAGGAGGAGACUCGACCGAAGGGCUCAGUCCUGGUGAAGGCUGGGCAGCUGAGCUCCUCGCUGUGGCUCAUCGCUGGAGGGCGAUGCUCUCAGGCAGCAGCAGCUCCAAAGCCUCUGCAGGAGGAUCGGCCAGCGACAGAGGGGAGGAACAGGGAAAAGAAUGCCACCGCGCCGAAGACAAAGCGCAGGUUCUUCAGUGCCACCGUGGAGCUGGGUUUGCUGGAGGUCGGCCAGGCGGUGGGGCUGACCACCAUUGCCUUGCAACAGCCGGAGCCACUUACUGUGACGGCAGCAUCGCCGGAGGUGAAGCUUCUGAGGGCAGACAACCUCCCACAGGCAAAGCUCACGCCCAAGAUUCUGGAGGCUCUUCGAUUGGCGCUGCGAGCGAAGAGCUCCUGGUUGGUGCAGCGCUUCGAGAGCCUCUCCGAACUGCCAGCGAAGCUAAGCCGGAAGGCUGAGAGGAUGCAUGAAGAAUUGGAGCGAGCAAAGAUUCCGCUGGUGAUUGACUCGCCCUUUCUCCGACGUCGAGAUCAAGCUUUGCUUCCAGGUAUGGUGGCUUUGGAAGCAGUUUGCAAGCACUUCGGCAACGACGUCCACCCGGAGUCAGAAUGGAUCUACAUGCAUCAGGAGCGCGACUUCUUCAUGCACAUGCACCUCUCACACGAGGAGCAAGGAAGCCGUCUGCCGGUCAAGGCUUCCCAACAAAGUGAGCCUGUUCCGGGGCCGCAGGGGACGUCGACCAUGGUGGCCAACGCGCGGUUUGUUCAUCAUCGACCUUUGCUUUGGAAGACCUUCCGCAUGAACGACGAGGUCAUGAUGGCACAGGAGAGCUCAGCGUUUUCGAAGCGGCCAGAGGUGCCGCCCAUGCCUGUGGCUGACCGCCCCUGGUCUGCAGGAGACGUCCUUGUGCCGGUUGGAAGCUCCGCAACGCCAAUGCCGUAUGAAGGAGGCGCACUCGAGAAGCCAGCCACACCUUCAGCGAAGACGAAGGUCGUGAGUUUCAGCCAUCUGAAGGACUCAGCUGUUUCGAUGAAGGAGGCAGUGAACCGGCCAAAGCCUACCACGCCAAGGACUCCCGAAGCGGCUCCGGGGGAGGGUUUCAAGCGGAGGCCGCAAAUCAAGCUUCGCUCCAACUCACGCACCUUCCAGAUGAGUGGCAUCGAGGUCGGCAUCAAUGAAAAGCGAGCCGUGAAGGAGGCGAAAUCCAAGGCAUCCUAUGCUGCAUCUCGAGAGCCCUUGGUCACUCCACGCGAUGUGCCAGGAGGUCAGCGCACGACGGCACGGCAGCGGGCUGCCUCGGCCAGAAAACUCACCGCCACGGUUUCUGCGCUGGGCCCUGCUGGCUGCUCCUUGGUCCAGCAGCCGGCAUGUGCAGGUGAAGAAAGCAAGGCCACAUCCGAACAAGUCAAGGCCAAGCAGAAGCCGGACAUGCCCCACAAGGGAGUCCAGCCGGCCGAAGUCAUUCUUGUGCUUCCGCGGCAAGCAGAAGCCAGCUUCCCUUCCUCAGACAGCAUUGGUGUCGUCCGGCGCUUGAGUGGGCAGGAGAGUGAACUGAGUGUGACACCACAGGUGCAUUUCGGUCCUGUGUCAGUUCCCCAAGGGAACACUGAGGGACCUGCAGAUGCCGGAAAGAUGGAGCUCGAUGGCGGCCACACGUGCAUUUUCGAGUUUCACAUGCUGAAAGCCUACGAAAGUGGGACAAUGCUUCCGAUCCACUUCGUCCAUGAAGCAAUUUUGGCAACUCUGGUGCGCAUAUUGGAUCGUGUUACCGUGCAGACACUGUGUCAAACUGACACCUCGCUUGCUGCAAGCGGAGCGCAGGUUCUCCUGGCGGCAGAAGAGCAUCAGCAGGCGACGCAGAGCUUCUCGGAGAGCGAGGCCACCGUGGCGUCCGAGGAACGCUUCCAUAGCCUCGCGUUGAGACGGUCAGAAGCUCCUAGCGCCCCUAGCUGCCACCAGCAGAGCCAGGAAGGCAUCCCGGCCGUCAAACAGACUGUGCCCUCUCCACGUAAUUUGCCGAGCCUGCAAUGGCUACAAGACUUGUUGAGACGAACAGUUCUCAUGACCGGGGAGGAGACUCAGUGGAUGUCCGAAUUGGUGGCCUUGUCGUGCAGCGCUUCAUUCCUUGCCUUCGGCCGAGGGUGCAUCAGCCGUGCCCAUUACUAUUCGCAUGGCAUCGCAUGGCUGUCGAUUGAUUUCUUGAUAUUUCUUGUGUGGGCAGAACUUGCUGGCAUGGAAGAAGCCUCAUUAUCUUAUGCCGCUGGACGGGAUCAGCGUCCGCGCCACAUCGUGAUGAAGGCGGCUAGGCUCGGCCGGCCUUUCCUAGACUCGGGGACCCUCAGCCCCCGGGAGGUCUUGUUGAAAAUCCACCAGCGCCGCGACGAUGAGCCGCAGCUGAGCUACGAGGUAAGAAAUUCAGCUGAUGGUCAGGAGAUUCCGAUGAACGUAUGUGCCACCACAGUUGCUUCCUGGAUGGAGGAAGACAUGGUGCGAAGGAGCCCCUGGCUGACACAAGGGCUCGUAGCGCCAGAAGGCACUGUGCUCACACGAUCUUUAGCGGGCGAGGAUGACUUCGAGGAUGCAUUUGCUCCCAUCGGUGAGCCUGUGGCGUCGCACAGUGUCGCCAGCGUGUCCUGCAAGAUUUUCGCCCCGCGAAGCUUGGAAUUGUCUCUGCCUUCGCAGGGAGCAGGCCAGAAGCUACUGUCACCUGCGAGCCUCCUGCAGUGCUUGGAUUUUGCCGCGCCCGUCGGCACGAUGACCGUCCAAAGCGCGGUGGCGGCUGCCAAGAUGGUAGGGACCCAACUCUUCACGAUCCUUCUUUGGGCUGUGGUGCUCGAGCUCGGAGAGGUCAUCGAGGCAUGCCGUGAAUUGGUGCUGCAAGACACGGACCCCACAAUGGUGGCCUUGGUGCUGGCCGUCGGUCAUGCCAUCGGAGAUGAUGUGCUUCUCAGACAUGCCUACUGGCGCAUCCGUGAAGAACUGUGUGGUCCCACAGGGGUGCCGGAAGAAUGGCUGCAGGGAGCGAACCCUGUCCGACUUCUGAAAGGCGGGUAUCUGGCUCACCGAACGAUCUGCAAAACACCCUUGAAAGUUCUUUCCAAGGCUUUGGAGGAAGACAUUGCUGCAAAGCACAGGCAGUGGCUCACCUCCACGGACUGCUACACUCUCUGCCAGGUCCGCCGGGUGCGUUCUGAGGAUGGGGGCUACCCCCACUUCUACGAGUUGCGUCUGGACCAUUCGGACGAGAUUCUGAUGACGGCCCAGAGGGAAGAUGAGCAAAGUCCUUGCCGAAUCUAUGCCCACAAGGCAGCCGGUCCAGAAAAGUCGGAGCACUGCCAGGAAUACAUCGGCAGUGUGGCGCCAAACUUCUGGGGAACUCUCUUCACCCUCUAUGACAGUGGGGCGGAUGUAGAGGAGCUAAUGAAGCGUGGGGAAUGGCUCCGUGGUCUACCUCUCAGGCCGCGGAAGACCAUCGUAAAAAUUGGGUACGAAACCAACGUUUUCGGAGACAGCCCAAGGAGAGUUUCAGUCGAGUACGUCCACAAUAGCGAAAGGCCAAAGAUGGAGAAUUUGAAGCCACGAUGGGACAAGAAGCUGAACUCCUAUGCCUUGCCCUUCUUUGGACGGGUUAAAAAAGCGAGCGCGAAGAAUUUUCAGCUCGUUGUGAAUGCGGAUCCGAACACCAUCUAUUUGAUGUUCGGGAAGGUGUCAAAGGACGUCUUCUGCUUGGACUUCCGGGGACCAAUCGCGCCCCUGGAAGCGUUCGCGAUAGCGGCAGCUGCCUUGGCGAAGAAGCGAGCCGUGAGUUGA